CCGAAGGCUCCCUGCCCUCCCCUCCCCGGCGGCCGCAGCUCGGCCUGGUAGCACCGGCUGGGCUCCUGCGUGGCUUUUCAUCCCCCCCCCGUUUCCCCUCCCCUCCCCACGCCGCGCGCUUUCCCGGGGCGGCUCCGGAGCCCUGCGGCCGGGAGCUCGGACUGAGGCGCCUCGUCGGGGCGGGGACCUUUCCUCGUCUGAGGCCAUCUCUAAUUCUGCAUCAUGUCUGAUAACGGAGAACUGGAAGAUAAGCCUCCAGCGCCCCCCGUGCGGAUGAGCAGUACCAUUUUUAGCACUGGAGGCAAAGACCCUUUGUCAGCCAACCACAGUUUGAAACCUUUGCCCUCUGUCCCAGAGGAAAAAAAGCCCAGGAAUAAAAUCAUCUCUAUAUUCUCAGGCACCGAGAAAGGGAGUAAGAAGAAAGAAAAGGAAAGGCCAGAAAUUUCUCCUCCAUCUGACUUUGAGCACACCAUCCAUGUUGGCUUUGAUGCUGUUACUGGAGAAUUCACUGGCAUGCCGGAGCAGUGGGCCCGAUUACUGCAGACCUCCAAUAUAACCAAAUUAGAGCAGAAGAAGAACCCGCAGGCUGUGCUGGAUGUCCUCAAGUUCUAUGACUCCAACACAGUGAUGCAGAAAUACCUGAGCUUUACUCCCCCUGAGAAAGAUGGGUUUCCCUCUGGAACACCAGCACUGAAUACAAAAGGUUCAGAAACAUCCACAGCAGUAACAGAAGAAGACUUUGAUGAUGAAGAGGCUACUCCUCCCGCCAUUGCCCCACGACCAAACCAUACAAAAUCAAUUUACACACGGUCUGUAAUUGACCCUAUUCCUUCACCAGUUGGUGAUUCUACUGUGGAUAGUGGUGCCAAGUCUUCAGACAAACAGAAAAAGAAGACCAAAAUGUCAGAUGAAGAGAUUACAGAGAAAUUAAGAACUAUUGUCAGCAUAGGUGACCCCAAGAAAAAAUAUACAAGAUAUGAAAAAAUUGGACAAGGGGCUUCUGGUACAGUUUUCACAGCUACAGAUGUGGCAUUGGGACAGGAGGUUGCUAUUAAACAGAUAAAUUUACAGAAACAACCCAAGAAGGAAUUGAUCAUUAAUGAAAUUCUGGUAAUGAAAGAAUUGAAGAAUCCCAACAUAGUUAACUUCUUAGACAGUUACCUAGUGGGAGAUGAAUUGUUUGUGGUAAUGGAGUACCUGGCUGGCGGGUCACUGACUGAUGUUGUAACAGAGACCUGCAUGGAUGAAGCACAGAUUGCUGCUGUGUGCAGAGAGUGUUUACAGGCACUGGAGUUUUUACAUGCUAACCAGGUGAUCCAUAGAGACAUCAAAAGUGACAAUGUCCUUUUGGGGAUGGAAGGAUCAGUGAAACUUACCGACUUUGGGUUUUGUGCUCAGAUCACCCCUGAGCAAAGCAAGCGAAGUACCAUGGUUGGAACGCCUUACUGGAUGGCACCAGAGGUGGUUACACGGAAAGCUUACGGCCCCAAAGUGGACAUUUGGUCUCUGGGUAUUAUGGCUAUAGAGAUGGUCGAAGGAGAGCCUCCAUACCUCAAUGAAAAUCCCUUGCGGGCCUUAUACCUGAUAGCAACUAAUGGAACCCCAGAACUUCAGAAUCCAGAGAAACUUUCCCCAAUAUUUCGGGAUUUCUUAAACCGAUGUUUGGAAAUGGAUGUGGAGAAAAGGGGUUCAGCCAAAGAAUUGUUACAGCAUCCUUUCCUGAAACUGGCCAAGCCUUUAUCUAGCUUGACGCCACUGAUCAUGGCAGCUAAAGAAGCAAUGAAGAGUAACCGUUAACACCACUGCCACCGCCUUGCGUUUUUUCCAUUUUCUAAAAGAAGUCUUUUAAUAUAUGAAAAAUACUACUCUUUUCAGGGGGUUGGAAGAAAUGGUCUCAUAACAUGGAAGGGAAAAAGCAAAUUACUCCCUGAAGACAACCCAGAGAAAAUUGCAACAACAACCGAAAGAAUUAUGACAUUGACAUGAACCCCUUCUUUGGGUCCAAAAGGAAUUGUGGACUGAAUCAAUUGCCUUAUAUCUCUUGGCACACAGCCCAUCCUGGCCUUCUAUCAUGCUUGAGAUUUGCAUUUUAUUUUAUUUUACUGACUUUGUUGUAACAGAUCCCAUUCAUGGUCCCUUUGGGAUGUUUUCAGUACUUGAAUGACACAUUCGAGUUUUCAGAGUAUUUGUUUCAGCUGCCCGUCGUACUUUCGCUCUUCUUCCUAACUUUGUUUUUUUCCCUUGGCUUGCUCUUUGUGAGUUGCGUUGAGGAGUUUUUCUCAUGCCUAAAUUCAAGGCAAGUGUGAUAGAAGUUACAAAGCUCCAUGUUUUGAUAAAGGGGCUAAAUUUGGUUUGACUUCAUGUAGAUGCUAGGACCCAUUAUUGUUACAUGUACUAUUUCAGUUCAGAACUUGAACUGAAAGAAGGGGGGAAAGUAUGUGAUUUUUACCUUUUUUAACAAAUGUGAAAGAAUCCGUUUCAGAAAUUUCAUGGUAGUGAGUUGUUUGGCUUUUGUUACAUGUAUAGAGAGAAGACUAAUAAUCUAUAUUUAUAACUAAAUCAUUGAAUCAAAAAAAAAAAAAGAAUCCCAUUGAGUAUUUGUCCUUUAAAUUUUGUCUUCCUUUCUGCCUGUUUCCUCUUGAGACUUGACUUUUGGAACCAAAGUGACACGUUCUUGUUCCAACUUGGGCUUUUUGACUUUGGUUGGUGCCGCUACCUUUGCUCCCAUCCCUACCCCACCCCCAGUUUCCUCCUUCAUUUUGCAAAUUAAUUUUUGUAUAUGUUGUAAUUUUAGGCUUAGGUUAUUUUUGUUUUGUUUUCAUUAACUUCACCCCUGUCCCUAGUGGAAAGUAAUAGGAUAACCACUGAAUUUUCAGAAUAUGAAAGUUAACUUUUCCCUUGUUCAUCCCAUGAGCCACCAGCUGACGCCGCGCCUCCCCUCUCCCCCGCUCCAUCAAUUUAAAGAAGAAAAAUAUUUGAAGGUUACAGAUCAUGUGAGAGACUUGAACCUUGGUGAACUGAAAAGUAAUUCCAUGAAAAGAGCAAAAUAUCUGUUACAUCGAGAUACAGUAAACCGUAGAAAUUUGCCAUAAAUUACGUUGGCCCCAACCCAUUAUCAACACCUCAGUGGCUAAAGAACCUUAAGUGACACAGUCAUUAUCCGGAUGAAUUCAUGGAUCAUCUGAGAUAAUUGUGUUACUUUAGUCUGUUUUUGAAUUGAGUAGAUAAUAUUUGAAAAAGAAAACUAGAGAACAAAAGAUAAAAGUGAAAUGUGCUUGAUGAUAGUAAUGACAGUGAUUGAUUUUUUUAAAGAAGGUCUGUUGCCUGUUGUGUUAAUUACUAGAGUACUCUCGCCUCUCCUCUCCCUCUCCUGUCUGCUCCUCCCUCUUCUUAUCAUUGUUUGGUUUUGCAUUUGGAGGACAGGUUGUCCCUUCUGGAAUUGCCAGCAGGCCCCGUAGAAGAGAGCAGGCUGGGGUUUGGUCCUCACUGUUGAUUCUCACCGUCCCUUUCCAGUGAACAUCAUCAACCCCCCUGCCAGCUGCAGUAGUACAGAUUGUGAAUCAUGGAUGUUUGGGGCUGUGUUAGGAAAAUAGAAAUAAAGAUAGAAAUGGCUGUUUUUAGGGAUGUUCUACACAAAAAUGAGUAAGUCAUGAAACGUCUAGAGCACUAUUGUCAAAUUGAUUAUUGAGUUCAUGUUUCUCUGGAUUAUAUUGACCUACACAGAUAUUACUAAAUCACUUUCUGGAAA